AUGAUGGAAGUUGCCUCCUCAUCGUCAGCCUUUGACGCCUCCAAUCUUAUCAACAAUAACAAUGAAGUGAAGCCUGCCCGUCCAAAAAGAGACUUCCGAUUCAAAGUUAUCGAAGUUCAAAACGGACCAAAAUGGUUUGUAUGGCCAAGCCGUAAUCGUGGAUCUUCUGAAGACGUUGAUGAGAAUGACAAUAAGAAAGUGUCACAACCACAAAACAAUGGAUACGGAGCAUUGAGACGUAGUGUCAUCCGUCAGUCGAAAAGGAAACAAGACCAAGAUGCCAUCGCCACCCGAACUGCAUCCGAACCAGCCUCAGCUCGCCGUCUAUCUACUAAAAAAGAAAAAGCCGUCACGGAACCAUUAAACCAAGUUUCCUCAAUGUUCAAAAUCAUCUCAAUCGAGAAAAACUGGGAAAGUUUCGAUGCUACUGAUAACGAGGAUGACGAUGAUGAGCUGGAAGACGGAGCUCGUACCGUCUCGGUCAUUUCGCUAACCUCUGUCAUCGAGGGUGGUGAGCGUAGAUGGACCACUUCCAUCUGA